AUGCAUCUGCUUUAUGCUUCCCUUGUUCUGCUUUCUCUUAGCGCUGGUUCCCAUCCUACCUGUCCCGGCCGAUGUAGCUGCGAUUCCAGGCAGUCGGUGCAAUGCUACAGGCUGUCGGACGUGCCGUCAGCUCUUCCUUCCACCACCAAGAAGCUCUACAUUAGCCACAGCAAGAUUCAACACCUCCAGACGUCUAGCUUCACCAGAAUGUUGGCUUUAGAAGAUUUUGUUCUGAUGGCCAGUGGAACAGAGUCUGUAGAAAAUGACACCUUCAAAACUCUGAGUACCUUGAAGACCUUGGAACUCUGGAAAAAUAAGUUAAGACAAGUCCCCAGGCUUCUCCCAGCCAGUCUUGAAGUGUUAAAAUUAAAUGACAAUUCAAUAUAUGUCCUACACGGAUCUGAUUUUGAAGGACUGAAGAAAUUAAAAAUCCUUGAACUGAAAAACAAUCUGAUCUCUUCUCUGUCUCCCAGCACGCUCUCCCCUCUUGUCAGUUUGCAGAGUUUGGUGUUAGAUGACAACAGGAUCGAAUCUGUCGCCGGACCGCUGGCACUUCCCCACCUGAAAAGUAUGAGCAUGGAGAAUAACAGACUCCAUCUUGUACCAGCUAGCUUCCUCACUUCUCUCCAGUCUCUGCAAUUUCUCAGCUUCAGUGGUAACUUUCUGACAAAAAUUCCUAUUAAUCUGCCCAAAUCUCUGCUCUCUUUAAAAAUGGAGAGAAACCGGCUCAAAGUGGUCAGGUUUCGAGAUAUGAAACACUUGGAGAAUCUCUCCCACCUUUACCUGUCAGCAAACUCACUCUCCUCCAUUGAUGGGGCGCAGAUACUUGCCAAUUUAACUGUUCUUGAGAUGUCCCAAAACCAGGUUCAAAUGUUGCCCCUCAGACUACCAGCAAGGCUACAAAAACUAGACAUUAGUGAUAACUUGAUUCAGAGGGUUACAGCACAAGACUUCCAGGACCUCCGAGACUUGAAACACUUGUUUCUGGACAACAACGUUGUUAGCUUGUUCGAAGCUGGAGCCCUGCAGAUGUGCUCCCAGCUCUCCAACCUGGCCUUGGAACAGAACCUGCUGCUGUCUAUACCUCUAAGGCUUCCAGGGACCUUAGCCAGGCUGGACCUAAAGGGAAAUGCCAUCCAGGAUAUUGCUGAGAGAGAGCUCAAGGAUCUAAAGCAGCUUCAGGUUCUAAACCUUAGGAACAACAAGAUUUCUGCCUUAGAUCUCAAUGUCUUGGAGGGGUUGCCUCGCCUCAGACACCUGUAUCUGGAUGGAAAUCCGUGGAAUUGCACCUGUAGUCUCGUAAGAGCAAGGGAGAUCCUGAAGGCCAAGGGCACGGAUGUGAGGGGAGGACAAUGUGCUGCACCAGCUGAACAGCAAGGAGAGAGCUGGAUGUCCUCCAAGAAGAUCAUGAGACAAUGUGAACAUCACUUACAUCUGACCGAGAAAAACAAAGAGACCAAAAAGAAAUCAAAACCGGAAGAGCAUUCCAGCAUCAGAAUCAACAUGGAUGAUGAUUAUUAUGAUUACGAAAUAGAUUAAGUAUGAGCUUUGUUUGCAGUUUAGGAAAAGCUUUUUUUUUUUAAAUAGACUUCAUUUUAGAGCAGUUUUAGGUUCAUAGCAAAAUCGAGAGUAAGGUAUAGGGAUUUCCCGUAUACUUCCUACUUCCACACCUCUAGGGCCUCCCCCAUUGCUACAUUCCCCUUCACAGUGGGACAUUUAUUACAACU